AUGGCUGACAGUGAAGAUGCUGUUAACGACACGAAUAUAAACGACAGUGAUCCAUUGGAUGUGAAAUCUUUAGCUGCAAAUUAUGAUAAUCUGAUCAAUACAAUCAACAAAGAAACUGAUAUUUUGGCAGCACAAGUUUCCAGACAUGUCUAUGAGAGGAAGCAGAUAUCAGAUACAGAGAUUUAUAAAAUUUCUGAAAGAUUGAUUCAAAUGGACAAUUUACUAUCCCGUUGCAAUGAUAUCAAUGAUAAUAUAGAUAAACUGGACCAGUUACGUGUAUUUACGAUAGAUUUUAAUACUAGAUUGAAUAGUUUAAUCAGUCAAUUGAAAACUAAGUGA